GCUGCAGAUCCGCGACCUGGAGCAUCGGAGUGUAGCUCUUCAAGUCUGCAAUUUUAAAAAAUGGCCUCCAAUAAGACUACAUUGGCUGUGCAAAAGUGUAAGAACAUGUCUAUUUAGAUGUGUUAAUUAUAACACAUUGCAUUAAUAAUAAUCAUAAGCGUACAAAGCAAAAAAUGGGAAAGAAACAGAAUGAAAAGAGUAAAAAAGUUGAAGAGGCAGAGCCUGAAGAAUUUGUGGUAGAAAAAGUCCUAGACCGACGUGUAGUAAAUGGAAAGGUGGAAUACUUUCUGAAGUGGAAAGGAUUUACAGAUGCUGACAAUACUUGGGAACCUGAAGAAAAUUUAGAUUGCCCAGAGUUAAUUGAAGCAUUUCUUAAUUCUCAAAAAGCUUGUAAAGAAAAAGAUGGUACCAAAAGAAAAUCUUUAUCUGACAGCGAAUCUGAUGAUAGCAAGUCAAAGAAGAAAAGAGAUGCUGCUGACAAACCAAGAGGCUUUGCCAGAGGUCUUGAUCCUGAACGAAUAAUUGGUGCCACAGACAGCAGUGGAGAAUUGAUGUUUCUUAUGAAAUGGAAAGAUUCAGAUGAGGCAGACUUGGUGCUGGCAAAAGAAGCAAAUAUGAAGUGUCCUCAAAUUGUAAUUGCUUUUUAUGAAGAGAAACUAACUUGGCAUUCUUGUCCAGAAGAUGAAGCUCAAUAACUAUUUGCAUUGUUUUAUAU